GUCAGGGGUUUAGGCUGGAGAUCAGGGAAAGGUUCUCCCCAGAGGGUGCUGGGCACUGCCCAGGGAAUGGGCACAGCCCUGAAGCUACCACAGCUCCAGGGGAGGCUGGACAGAGCCCUCAGGACCGCACAGGCUGGGAUUGUUGGGGUGUCUGUGCAGGGCCGGGCGUUGGGCUGAAGAUCCCUGCGGGUGACUCGGGACAACCGCUAAUUCCACAAUUCCAUAAUUCCGUAAUUCCAUAUUUCCACAAUUCCACAAUCCCGGAGCUCCACAUCCGGGGCUCGGCGCGGCGCGCGCCCCGCCCUCACGGCGUUUCCCGCCCUCCGCGGCCGUGAGGGGAGGGGGGGGGCGGCCGUGAGGGGAGAGAGGGGGCGGCCAUGAAGUGCGUGAUCGGGGGGGCGCAGCUCCGAGUGUUUGGAAGAGCAAUACAUGCCAUAGCAAGGAUUAGUGAUGAAUUUUGGUUUGACCCCGUAGAAAAAGGUCUUGCCUUAAGAUCAGUGAAUUCCUCGAGGUCAGCAUAUGCAUGUGUGUUCUUCUCAUCCAUGUUCUUCCAGCAUUACUGCUGCACAGCUGCGCCCCAGCCCUGUCAGAAGGAGAAGCAGUUAUCCCUCCCCUGUAAAUUGAUAAUUAAGUCAGUUCUCCCUGUGUUUAGAUGUGUAAAUGUGCUGGAAAGGAACGUAGAGAAAUGCAGCAUCUCCACCAGCCCCAGUGAGCAGCACGUCACCUUCCAGCUGCUCUGCAGGCACGGUGUUGUAAAAACCUAUAACCUGACAUUUCAGGAGUGUGAUCCCUUGCAGGCUGUUUUUGCAAAGCACAUGUGUCCAAACAUUCUUAAAGUCCACUCCAGGCUGCUGGCUGAUGUGAUGAUCCACUUCCCAACCAGUCAGGAAGAAAUAACCUUGUCAGUAACUCCAAUGAAAGUUUGUUUCAAGAGUUACACUGAGGAAGACACUGACUUUUCAAGGACAAUGCUUACUGAGAUACAGCUCAGUCCGGAGGAAUUUGACUACUUUCAAGUUGGAGUAGAUUCUGAAGUGACAUUUUGCCUUAAGGAACUGAGGGGCCUGCUGGCGUUUUCCGAAGCCACGAGCGUUCCUGUGUCCAUCCACUUCGACAGAUGUGGGAAACCCAUUGCAUUCAGCAUUGAGGACCUGCUGCUGGAGGCCAGCUUUAUCCUGGCUACCUUGUGUGAGGCUGAGAAGGAGGCAGCUCCCCCAGAGCCAGCCUGCUGCCCAGGGCCCUGGGACAGCUCAAGGACUGGCAUGGAUAAAUCUGACCAGACCUCCAUGGAUGGAGCCAGCAACGCAGUCACAGCCGCUUCCAAAAAGCCACAGCAGAAGGGAAACACUCAGAGCACGGACCCUGCAAAACCCCCAAGUGGUCUGGCAAAACAAGAGGUAAAAAAUAUUCCCAGAGGCACAGAGAGGGAUGUGCCAGGCAGAGCAGGAGCAGCCACGGCCCAGCCAGCCAGAGGAGAAGCCACAGAGGCUCCUUAUGCCAAGUUCCACUCCUUGUUCUUUGGAGCUGUCUCUUCCAAGGAGAAGGAGGCCGUCGGUGACACCUUCCAGAGCUUGGUGACAGCCAGUGACACUGAGGAGGAGCCGGGUGCCUUGCAGAGCUCCCCGGUUCUGUAGUGCAGGGCAGGGCAGGCCCAGCCUUUGUCACUGGUGCUGUGACCCAGCAGCACAGAACGUUCUGGAACUGCCAGUGCUCCGGUCAUGGCACAAAUUUAGGUCACGAUUGACUCCGUUGAGGUUUGUGUGUUCUGCAGGAGCUGCUGGGGGUUCUGCUCUCAGAACACUCUCACUGGAGACAGGCUCAGUUUGAAUUCAAACUCUGUUACCACAUCAGGUUAAGGGAGAACUCAGGUUUUUACAGGUUCUCUAGAACCAGCCUUUAACUGAAAAACCAAAGUUGUCACAGAACUGCAUUUAAAAAAAUAAAGGUUUGAGUUUCAGACUUGCAUUACUCUUUUCCUUCCCGGAGUCUCUCCCCCCACAGGUCAGGGGCAGUGCAGUAUUUCCAAAGUCACACUGGAAUACAACACUGAAGUUCCCAGUCAAUUAAAGGAUGGUUAUCUGUCUGCUGCAGAAGGCGUUGGGUGUCACUCAGGUGUGGCCCCGAGAGCCGUGCAGGGAG